AUGGGAUGUGGAACAAUCGCUCUCAGAAGCAUAUCUCCGAGAUUUCGUUGGCCGUCGAACGUGCCAGAGUCCAACAAAGUGAUUGAACUGGCAAAUCUAACCAUUCCUGAACCAUCGCAAAAUCUUUUCGACCUGUUGGCUUCCAAAGGAGAUGGAUUUUUUCUCACUAACGUAACGACAGAGAAAAUUUAUAUUUCUGCUAACAGUAAGGUGCUGCUGAUUUCAAAGGGAGAUGUAUCGGAUUUUGUUAUUCCAAACGAUGUGGAUAUGAGCUUGGAAGAGCUUUACAUUUCAAAUGUCCCUUUGAAAAGGCUACCCCAAAAUUUGGUAGCUCUCGAUAAAUUGCAAUACUUGAGUUUAAACAAUUUAAUGUUGAAAAUAUUGGACUUAUCGAUUUUCUCAGGAUUGAAGAUUUCCGCUAUAGACAUUAACGGAAUGGGAUCAAAAGUGAUGUGUUCAGUGAAUGCAAAACUGGAUAAUCUAACCGAAUUCAGCAUAAGAAAUUCCAGCUUGAGCGUGGACUUCACACAAUUUGCAGCACCAUUAUUGAAGCCCUUCGAUCUUGGAUCCAACAAAUUGCGUAGCAUACCGAAAAGUUUAGCAAUUUUCAAGAGUAAUAUCACCAACCUUUUCAUCUCCAACAAUGAACUCAAACAGCUUGAGAUGGACUUUUUCCUAGGUUUCAACAACCUUUGGCUGCUUUACGCCACCUCCUGCAGUAUUAGCAAAAUCGUUGUUAAAAAGUUAAAAGCGCUGCCUAAGCUGGAGACACUAAAUCUGGAAAACAAUCAACUUACUGAGAUCGUCGCCCUUUCGAAAGUGGCUCUGCCUAAUCUAAGUGUUAUAACUCUAAAAAGAAACCUGAUCAAGAAGUUUCGAACGGUGCCUCAGUGGCCCAAGUUGCAGUUUGUUCACCUUCAGGACAAUCCCAUCGAUUGUGGAUGGGCACGGGCCAGUGGAGCCUUAAAAACUAACUGGACGUCGCAGCCGCACUUCGGAAUCAGCGUUGGAAUGUGUUCUGUGUCCCGUUAG